ACCAUCACAAACAAAUGAUGAUAAUAAAGAAAACACAUUAGAGUUGGACAAAGAAAUCACUAAAUUGAAAAAUAAAUUAGCAAGAUUAGAAAAAAGGGAAGCUGAACAAAAAUUUGAUAAUGAUAUAGAAUACAUUGAGGAACGAGCUAAGCUGAUAAAAUCAUCACCAUCUGAGUUUGCAAAAUAUGAAAAUUAUUCAAAGACAUUAUCAGCCUAUAUAAAACCAAUGGUAAACUGCUUACCAGCAAAUAAUUUUGACAUGCCAAUUACACUGUAUCAUGAAAUAUUUGGUUCAUUUUUAAGCAAUUGUGAGAACAUCAUCAUAACUGACAAUGAUAAAUUAAAAACAUAUGAGCUACAGUCUAGAAUUAGUAGUUUUGUUAAUAAUAAUGAUGAAAAACAAAAACCAUCACAAUUAAAUAUUUGUCAGGCAUCUUUUCCAUUUGUGAACUUUUAUACAACAAGUGAAGAAAAAACAAUCAAAUUUAUCCAUCAAAAACGCAUAUUCAAAAAUAAACUUGUAUUUCAAAUUGAAGAAUCGUUAACAAAAAUCAAGCGUAUUUUGAAAUUUGUUACAUCAUAUGGUACUAAUGUACACAAACACUGCUUCGAAAAUGGCAUUGCCCCGGAAUUAAUAUUUGUUGGGAAUAAGAUCAAGAAUACAGACUACAUGACUAUCAUUUUGGAAGACCUUGCUGAGUUUAAAGAAGCAUAUGAAAUAUGGGAAGAUUUAAAUCAGAACCAAAAAGAAAGCUUAAAAAAAUAUAUAUUAGAUGCACUACAUAUAUUGCAAAAUGGUAAUUUUGUUCAUGGUGACUUUUGUUUCAAUAACAUAAUGGCAAGAUUGGAUCCUAACAAGAUUUGGUCUGUAAAAAUCAUUGAUUUUGAUUGGACGGGAUAUAGUGGUCAAGUGAAAUAUCCUUGGUCAUUAAACACACCACUUCCAUGUCAUUCGGGUGUAAAGCCAUGCGCAAUAAUUAUUCCUUCGCAUGAUAGAGAUAUGAUUAACAGAUCUUUUAGAAAUUAG